AUGCAUAUUUCACAAUCCUCCAGGUUCGAUAAACUCGUAUCUAACAAAUCUAUAAAUCUACUCACCUUUUUCAUUCGGGUUACACAUAUCUAUCUAUCUAUCCUUAUUCUUUUCAUAUCUAUCUAUCCAGGCCUAUUCGUAUCUAUCUAUCUAUCUAUCUAUCUAUCUAUCUAUCUAUCUAUCUAUCUCAGUCUAUUCGUAGCUAUCUCUCUGUCUAUACUUAUUCUUUUCAUAUAUCUAUCUAUUGAGGCCUAUUCGUAUCUAUCUAUCUAUCUAUCGAUCUAUCUAUUUAUCUAUCUUUCCUUAUUCUUUUCAUAUCUAUCUAUCCAGGCCUAUUAUUCUAUUCAUCUAUCUAUCUAUCUAUCAUCUAUCUCACAAUUUCCCUUAUCUAUCUAUCUAUCUAUCUAUCUAUGUCCUUUAUCUAUCUAUCUGCAAUCUCUUCAUUUUUUUUCUAACAACUUAAAAAUCAUAUCCUCAAUUCUUUUCAUAUCUAUCUAUCCAGGCCUAAUGGUAUUAAAAGACAAUCUAUCUAUCUAUCUAUCUAUGAAUACGGAAUAG